UAAAACUAACACGGCUAUUCACGCCAAAAAAGCGUAUGACUUAACUAUCUCAUCGUGUUAUUUUUUGUUUCGUCAUUAAAACAGCAAAUUAGAGGCAUCCUGUUCCGGUUUCUGGUUUGUUUGUGGGUACCUUGGUCACCGUUCACGAGAAAUCGAUCUGGGCUAGCUCAAAUUUCUUUUAAAUACAAAGCAGAUCAAGUUACAGUUUUGCCAUUGUACUUCGCUCGGCAUAAACUCUUGAGGUCAGUACUUUACGAAUAAUCGCCUGGAAAAGAGAGCAAUUCUUCGUAAAAAAGGUACGAUUUAAUGCAUAAGGAAGAUAUAUAUUGGCAUUUCAUCGACGUUAGAGGAUUUGGUAAUGAGUAAACACUUCUAAUUUGACACCAUUGCUCUCUUCAUCGACCGACAGAAUGCACGGAAACGUAGUUCUUUGCCUUGCGACGUUAUUCCUUGUUUUUGAGGCCAUUUCUUCUACAAAUAAUACCACCACCAUCCCCACCACUAGUACAUCACCAUUACCAUUCACGCCAAGUUCUUCACUGAGUCCAACGAUCUCACCAAGUUCUGCGAAUGWGUCGACCUCGCCAAAUUCUUCUAUUCAACCAUGCAGUACUGUUCAAUCGUGCAGUAAUUAUAGCGCAACAGUUAACGUAUCUGGGAACGCUACAACCACUGUUGUGAGUUCAUUAUGUAGAAUGGUAACGGUCAGCUGCUUGGAUGAUAAAAGUGCAUCACUUACAACUACAACACCAACUACAACUACAACUACAACACUAAAUGCAACUACGCCACCAACUACAACACUAAAACCAACUGUAAUUACAACACCAACUACAACUACCACUAAAACACCAACUACAACUACGAAACCAACUGCAACUACGACAUCUAAUUUUACAACAACAUCAUCACUUAUCAUCACUACAAAUGCUACCAUCUCACCAUCUCCAAGCGGCACAUUAUCGGUUUCUUCAACGUCAGCAGCACUAACGACUUCAGCAGCCCCAAAGACUAUAGCACCUACGACCUCAUCCAGCAAAAAAAUCUGGGAUAAAGUUAUCAUGGAUUAUUUAGGUGGAACCCUUAUCAGUUUCAUCGUUAUGGUGGCAGCCGUAGGGUUGUGUCUAAUCUUGCUCAUCGCACUCAUAUGCACAUGCCACCGGUAUCGAAAGCUCAAAAAGAAAACAAUGUUUCCUAAGGAUUUGAUAAUUGGCAACGACAGUGAAUGGGCUCACGGCCAUGAUAACAUCCUGAUGUGGGAACGAAACCUAAGAGCCACCGAAGUGAAUCCUGGAAGCGCUCCAAAUUAUCCUGCAAACGAAAAAAGGCUAUGAGCAGAAGAAUGGAAAUUAGAUGGUAGAACUAAAAUAAUUAAACACUUAGUCCAAAGCUUUCCAAUUUCAGGCAACUUGUCAUUCUCUUGAGUAUUAUACCUUUGUUGACCAGUAAGAUAGAUAUAUAGAUCUACUUUAGUUACCCUUGGGUUACGAUAAGACUGUUUGGUAACUUGAAGUCAUGUGGUGAUUGGUUGAAGCUCAAACAAAGGCUAUAUUUUCGAGAGAAUGUCAUGUGGCCUGAAAUGGGAAAAAGAAUUACACCCGAAUGAACUAGGUCCAAAGGGACAUUUUCAUACUUUUUUAGCAAAAUGUCUUCAAAUAUUAAGUUUCCGUUUUUCGUUAUAGUUUACAGUCGUCCUCAAUUACUGGGUUUUAAUCAGCUGAUAAAAAAUUUGAUUCUCAUUAUCUGCUUAAUACAAAUGGUGGUCAAACACUUACCACUAAAUGCUGUCAACAAAAACGAAUUCUAUUGCGAUUCAGCUGAUGAACAUUCCGCACGAGACAGGAAAUGACGUUAAGUGAUACCCAACGAUAUCACGCGCGGAAUUGUCUUCGCUACGUAGCAGCUUUGGUGGACGCUCUUCAAGGCGUGUGCAUGACAUUCCAUACGCACGUGCUCUUGAUUGUGCUUUUCGACAAUGUCAUGGUGGAAACACUUUCAUUGUCUUACACCAAAACUGUAUUUUCCCGCAAAGGCAAUUGUACAAUCCCACGCGUGUGAUUGAUACGCACUGUUUGUUGGUGUCUUUUAUAGAAUAGAAUCUUUUAGCUAUAGCUAAUCAUUUUAAUAUGAACUAAUGAUAGAAAUAAUGUACAAGGAAAACAGUAUGUUUCAAAUAAGAAAACAUUACGACAAUGUUCUUAUAGGAAUGAAUAUUUUAUAGUAACUAUGUUUUAAAGUACUUUUUGGUAUUUUGGGGAUGUUGUGAUUUAGGCAAACCUUGACUUAGCAUGGCCUAUUCAUGGACUUGAAUUACCAUAUCAAGAAGAUGUUUCAGGCCACUUGUCAUUAUCUUGGGAAGAACAAUGAUUGUGAAAGUUAUAGCGCUUAAUAUAUUCCCAAUAGAUAUAAAAAAAGACCAUUCGUAUAAUGACGUCAUUUACUACUUCUACCAGAAUCCCUUGCACACUUUUUUGUUAAGUUUAUAAGCACCAUUAGCAAAUGACGUCACAAUUGUUCAUUGUUUUUUUUUUGUUCAUCAUGGGAUUGAAAUACUAACAACCCAAGGUCAGCGCACCUGCUAACUUGCACAUUUUUUUUGUGGUCUUUUGUUUCCAAUUUUUGGAAAAACCUAUUGUUGGUUUACCGUUAUUUGCAAUUCGAGGUCCAGUUGGCGUUGUAGUGAAAUUUAGGGCUGUCUUAAGGGACGAAAUAGGCGCCAUCUUGGAAAUAUGUCCCCUAAAACAGCUCUACGAUGCCCUGCAAUGACAACUCGACUUGUUUUUUCCUCAACCUCGAAAUGUCUAAUUUUGAAGCUUUUUUGUUGAUCGCUAUUGUUUCAAGUUUAUCUUUUUUAAUGUUUUCUGUUUUCCCUCAUUCACCUACAAAACCCAAGUUUUGUACAAUAGCUUUCCUGUAUUUUGAUUGGCUGUAUAUGUUUUAUAGUAUGCCACAAGAUAACAUUAUAUAAUGUUAUUUUGUUAUUUAAAAUUUAGACCCUCAGCCCGAAUGGUCUACGAGUCAUUAGCCCAUGGGGCUGAAGGCUAACUGGGCUUUUGAGUUGUAGACCAUGAGGCGAGAGGCCUAAUUGAUUUAGCGUAAACCUAGUAAUUAGUCCAAAACUGGAUGCAAACAAUUUUUAAAUUAGUUUGAAAUAAUUUAUUUUAUUUUAUUUUAUUUUUUGGUUUUCGAAACCGGCACUUUUUGUUACGACUGGUCUAUGACUAAUAAACCACCAGUAGCUCGGAGACCAAUCAGAGCUCAGGACUUGUGACAAAUCA